AUGCGCGCAAUCACAGUCUCCUCCUGGGGCUCGGCACCAACAUUCACCACCUCCCAUCCCCAACCAGUAUCGUCCGACCCGGACUCAGUAACGGUCAAGGUUCUCGCAGCCGGGCUGCACCAGCUCGUGCGCGGCCAAGUGGUCGGGACACACUACAGCACGAAGAAGGCGGCGCUGCCGUACGUGCCUGGAGCGGAUGGUGUGGGCACGCUCCCGGACGGACAGACGGUGUACUUCAGCAGCAUUGCCUCCGGGGGCGCCUUCGCCGAAUAUGUCAGCGUGCCGGCGAGUGCCGUAACCGCAGCACCCACGGGCGUGGAUCCAGUGCAGAUCGCGGGGCUGGUAAACCCGGGCAUGUCGUCGUGGAUGGCGCUGGCAGCCCGCGUCGACCGGGAGCGGCUGCCGCAGGCCUUCACUGUGGUCAUCGUCGGCGUCACCGCGCUGUCGGGCAAAGUGGCCGUUCACUUCAUGCGACAGCUCGGUGCGGGCAAGGUGAUAGGCGUCGCGCGUAACGCCGCCGAAAUGGCAGCUCUCAACCUCGACCAGAGCAUUGUCCUGGCCGAGACCAAGAUCGCCGAUACCGACUUCUCGACCCUAGGUGACGUCGACCUGAUCCUCGACUACCUAUACGGCCCGCCCGCGCUGGCACUGCUCACCGCGCUCGACUCCAAAGUGCCCACGCAGUAUGUCCAGGUCGGGUCCGUUGCGGGGCCAGACAUCGCUCUGCCCGCAGCGCUGCUGCGGUCUAAGGACCUCACCUUGGGAGGCACAGGGCCCGGGUCCUGGUCCAUGGCCCAGUUCAACAAGGAAUUGCCAGCAUUGUUAGCCGCAGUGGCUAAGCUGCCACCACAGGACAUCAAGGUGCGCAAGUUGGAGGAUGUUGAUGUCGCCUGGGCAGCCAAAAGGGAGAGGACCGUCUUCGUGCCUUGA